AUAUCCCUUCUUUUCUCCGUACGACGUCUCAUUGCAUGCUCAUCGUGACAGCCCAUGGUUCACGAGGUCAGUCAAGGCCCCGCCCCGUCGGGACGGUUAAAGCUCGCAAUGACCCGCCCUGCGAGAAUACGCCGAAUGCCACUUGUAUAUUUAAUAUCCCCAAUGUGAAGGCUAUAACAUAAAAAAGCUACUGACUCUAGAUCCGCUAGACCCCCCAGGAUCGAUUUCCAGUUGCAAGACGUUGUAACCAAAAUGUUCGGCCUUGGCUUUGUUGCUUUGGCUCUGGGACUUUCGCCUUUCGUGCGGGCGGCUCAGCCUGAGUGGGCUCAGUGCGGUGGUAUUGGUUGGACGGGAGACACUACGUGUGUUUCGGGCACCGUCUGCACCAAGCUCAAUGAUUACUACUUCCAAUGUCUUGCCGGAACGGCCCCUCCUACGACCACUGCGCCUCCUUCCACCACGUCUGAUCCAUCGACGACUGUUCCUCCCACAAGUGCUCCACCCACUACAACAUCGAGUGGCCCCACCACUUCCGCACCCCCUCCAUCCUCUACAGGAUUUGUCCAGGUUUCUGGUACCUCAUUCACACUGAAUGGCCAACCUUACAUCGUCGCUGGCGGUAACGCUUAUUGGGUUGGACUCACUGGACUUAGCACGGCGAAUAUGAACGCAGCUUUCGCUGACAUUGCUAAGGCUGGCGGCACUACAGUCAGGACGUGGGGCUUCAACGAUGUGACCACCCCCAAUGGUAUUUACUACCAAAGCUGGGCCAAUGGCAAAGCAACCAUUAACACCGGUGCGACUGGCCUAGCGAACUUUGACAAUGUCGUCGCUGCUGCCAAAGCAAACGGAUUACGACUAAUUGUCGCACUAACGAAUAAUUGGUCUGACUAUGGAGGCAUGGACGUGUAUGUCCAGCAAAUCACUGGAAGUUCAAACCAUGAUUACUUCUAUACCAAUGCCAACGUUGUGGCUGCAUACAAGAGCUUCAUUCAGACUUUCGUCGGUCGCUAUAAGAAUGAGCCCACCAUCAUGGCUUGGGAGCUCGCCAACGAACCCAGGUGUAAGGGCAGCACUGGAACCUCCAGCGGUACCUGCACUACCACCACUGUCACGAACUGGGCCAAGGACAUUUCGGCAUACAUCAAAUCAAUCGACACUAACCACCUUGUUGCAAUCGGAGACGAAGGUUUCUUUAACCAGCCUGGUAAUCCCAGUUAUCCUUACCAAGGCAGCGAAGGUGUCGACUUCGACGCAAAUCUGGCUAUCAGCACCAUUGACUUCGGUACAUUCCACGCAUAUCCCAUCAGCUGGGGGCAGACUAGCGACCCUACCGGCUGGGGUGUUCAAUGGAUCAAGGACCACGCAGCCUCGCAGACAAAACAAAACAAACCUGUCAUCCUCGAGGAAUUUGGUGUGACCGAUAAUCAAGCGAGCACCUAUACUUCUUGGUAUUCUACCAUCGUGAGCUCUGGUCUGACGGGUGACCUUAUCUGGCAAGCAGGCUCUCAUUUGUCUAGUGGCAAUACUCCCGAUGACGGCUACGCAAUUUAUCCUGAUGAUCCUGUCUACCCAAUUAUGCAACAGCAUAAUGCGGCUUUGAAGGCCAGGGGCUGAAUGUUCGAGCCGUUGAAAGUCUCUCGGUUGUGGUCAUUUUUCUUUUGUCGAAAUAAAAUUUCAUAGUACGUAGGAGUACCUGUAUCCGUUGCUUGUAUGAUUUUUGAAGUCUGAUUGAACAUGAGCACGAAAGAAGAAUAAUGGAAAGAUUUGAGU